UGGCACUAGUGUAAGACUCACCACCAUGUCAAUGGUUAUCACAUAUGCUAUAACUAGUAAAUCACUUUUUUUGUAUUAUCACCUAUAUAUGUUAAUUAAAUAAUCUAUGUUUUUUUGUUUUAUUUUGAUGGUUUAUAUUCGGUAAUGAACAACGUUCUUUUAGUGCUGAGAAAAGAGAAAAUGAAGGGAUGCUUUUUUUAUUUUGGGAAAAUAUGAUAAUGAAGGAUGUUGCCAGUCUUAAUUAAUUGACAUGAUUCCUUUUUUUUUUUUUUUUUUUUGGUAAAUUGAUUAUCAUGAUUUCAUUGGCUGGGCCUAUUAGUGUAGUCGUACGCCUGGCCUAGUAAUGUUUUCUCUAUGUAUAUAUUCUUGUCCAUAGAAGCAAUGCUGUGCCUGUGUCUUUUACCCUGUCGUUUCUAUAAAUAGCUUCCCAGUUCCCACUAUCGCCACCACUUCACUCAUCACACGACUUGCGGCAUCAAGGACUCUCCACUUUUUAUCCAACGUCGCUGGGGCAAGGGAAAUAUGGAAGAAGAGAAGGUUUUAAAGGACUUCCCUGAUAAGCAAAUAACAAUCGACAUUAAUACAGAGAAAUUGGAACGUGCAAGGGUGUCCCCUGAUAGGCUUCCCAUCACGAAGAGUCCAGAGAUAUUGGAACCGGAACAUCACAUUGAUAAAGAUCUGAAGAGGCCAGAGGAAUCGGAAGCUGACGGGGAAGAUACGAAUGAUUGGAUCAUCUACAAGGUUCCCAACAAACUCCGGAAGAUACGGCCAGCAGCUUACACUCCCCAACUAGUUUCAAUUGGGCCUUUUCACCAUGGCAAAUCAAACUUGAAGGCCAUGGAACAUUAUAAAGCCAAGUACACGAACAAGUUCCUGAAGCGGUUCCGUAAUCAUAUUACGAUGAAGGACUUGAUGGACGAAUUCAAGGAACUUCCGAAAAGAAUCAAGCGUAGCUAUGGAGAUGAGAGCUUUGAGCCUGAUAAUAAGCAAAAGUAGUGGAUGGACUCGGUGCCCAUGAUCUUACGAGAUGCCUGCUUCAUCCUUGAGCUCUUCCUUAGAAACCACGAAAAGCAUAAAGAAGAAGAUAAGAAAAAGAAGCAACUGCAUGAUAAAGAAAUCAAAGAUUGUGCCUGCUUAAUGUUUUGGCCCUUCUUUAGAAAGGACGAAACUCAAACUCAAUCUCCCGAUAAGGAAGAAACUCAAACUCAAUCUCCCGAUAAGGAAGAAACUCAAACUCAAUCUCCCGAUAAGGAAGAUAAGAAAUAUUCAAGGGACUACAUAUUACGUCCAUGGGUUAAGGCAGCUAUACAACAGGACUUGAUAUUGCUGGAAAAUCAGAUCCCCUUUUUUGUUCUCAUUGAUCUGUUUAAACGCAUUUAUGAACGCGAUUUCUUAAUAGAAAUUACCUGUGAAUUCUUCAUUGAUUAUUACAGGUUUGGAAAACCUUGCACCAAAGAGGGUUCCAAGAAAAAACCUCUCUGCGAGUACACGGAGGAGGAAAAGAAACAACUGGUGAUCAAAAAGAAACAACUGGUGAACAAAAUGAAACAUAUCAGACAUUUCACCGAUUUGGUUAGAAAGUUUAUUUGCGAUGACACAGUCAGUUUUGGAAACAGUACCGAAGAUAUGACCCUCUGUCUCCACUCUGCAAAGCAACUGAAUAAUGCAGGGGUGAUGUUUCGGUGUCCUAAAGAUGGUAAAUAUUUGGCGAGCAUAGACACUUGGCCCGCUGUUGAGAAUUAUAAUAAGUGCUGUCAGUGGUGGAAAGGCCGCGGUUGCUGUUGGUUGAAUCGUUGCUGUUGGAUUAAUUGUUUGGAAUUGAAAAUACCCCAGUUGAAGGUCCAAGACAACACCGAGUGCAUUUUCAGAAACGUCAUGGCGUUGGAGCAAUUUUCCUAUCCAACUGAGCCUCGUGUCUGCAAUUACAUUUUUCUGCUGGAUCAACUCAUCGACACCGUUGAAGAUGUGGAUUUGCUGGUCGACAAGAAAAUCAUUGAGAAUUGGCUUGGCACCAACAAGGCCGUGGCUGACUUGGUUAACAAACUCUGCGACCAAAUUGUGACACCUUGUUUCUUUUAUUCUAAAAUCUGUGGAAAACUUAACGAGCAUCACGAAAAAAGAUUGAACGUUGCCAGGUCAACCCUCAAGAGGGUUUACUUCAAGGAUAUUUGGACUGGCAGUGGAACUGUUGUUGGGCUUGUUUUCCUUGUAUUCUCCCUCUUCUCUACCUAUUCUACCAUCAAGAAUCUCUUCUUUGUAGGAGGGAAAAAUAUGACCAUUAGCCAGCUAGAUAAAGUAUCAAGUGUGCUUCCUUACUAGGUAGACUUUUUUUAUUUGUUUUUGAUUUUAUCCAGAUGUAGGUGUCUAGUUUUGUUGAUCUUGUAAUUAUCACUGUUUAUGGGCUUGAACCCAAAAUAAAUAUAUAAAUAAAUAAAACAACUGAGCAUGAGCAUGUUUUUGCUAAUAA